AUGGGCCUCUGCCGCCACCUGCUGCCCCCCCCGAAGCUCUUCAGGGGGCUGCUGGUCCUCAGCGUCCUGGUCACGCUCAUCGUGCUGAGGGUCGGCUACAGAAGCUCAGUGCCUGCAUCCCCAUCCACGGUCCGGGUUAUUUCGGUGGCCCUGCGGGGCCAGCCGGCGGCCUACCGCUGCCUCCUGUGCUGCGGCGAGGAGCUGCGCGCCUCCGAGGCCUCGCUCCACAUCCACAGCCACUUCCACUACCCGUACGGGACCGGGGACAUCACCUGCCCCGUCCCCGAGGGCUGCCAGGCCCCCUCACACGUCGCCGUGACGACGCCGGACGCACCCGAAAGUGAUGGAGCCUCGCCCCAAGGUUUCUUUUUUUUCCUCCGGAGUCAGUGGCUGGUGCAGAGCCUGGAGAUGCUGCAGCUUCUGGGGGUGGACCGGGUGGUCGUCUACAACUCCAGCUGCAGCCCCCAGACGCAGAAGGUUCUGGAGUACUACACAAAAAAAGGUCUAAUGGAGGUGAUUCCUUGGACUGUGUCCGACCACCUGAACGUGUCUCACGGCUGGAUGCCCAGCUUGGACCCCGGUGACCUGCACUAUUUUGGGCAGAUCGCUGCCCUGAACGACUGCCUGUACAGAUACAUGUACCGGAGCAAGUACACCUCCCUGCACGACGUGGACGAGCUCAUCCUGCCCCAGGCCGUCCCAAGGUAG